UCGUCUCACGCCGGUAGGAGUAGGACGCCGACGACGACGAGUCAUGCGCCAUAAAUUGGCCCUGGAAUCCUCGAUGUUCCCCUAACCAGUUGUGCUCACGCUCUUGUUCCCCUCUCGUCGGCUUCUUCCACUUUACUCCACUCUCCUCUCCCCACCCCGACUCGCCUCGACAGCCGCCAGCCCAGCGCGCGCGCGGCGCCAAAACACAUAAAAAUCCCAGUAGAAUCCACAACCUCUCCCGCCCCGCCCCGCUCCGGUCGCUCGCCAUGCGCGCGCCGGCCGCUUCCCCUUGGCGUUACUAGAUGGGCUCCUCCUCCCUCCUCCUCUUCUCCUCGUCCUCCUCCGCCUCCCGCUCCUCUUAUUCCCAUGCCACCGCCUCCUCCUCCUCCCACUGCCACCUGCUCCCCUGCCCUCCCGACUUCCUCCUCCACCUCCUAGACCACCAAGACCAAGAACCCGCCGCCAUGGUCCGCAAGCGCCCAGCCACCGACAUGGACCUGCCCCCGCCGCGCCGCCACGUCACGGGGGACCUGUCGGACAUGACCGCCGGACCGCCCGUGCUGUCGUCGGCGACCGCGCAGCUGCCCGCGCUGCCCUCCCAGCUGCUUCCGCCGUUCCAGCUCCAGCAGCAAGUGGAUCAUAUGGACGUCGCCGCCGCCGCCGCGCCGGCGCAGGCGGGCGAGGCGGCCAACACCACGGCGUUCGUGGACGGCAUCAUCCGGGACAUCAUCGGGAGCAGCGGCGCCGGGGUGUCCGUCGCGCAGCUCAUCCACAACGUCCGCGAGAUCAUCCACCCCUGCAACCCCGGGCUGGCCUCGCUCCUCGAGCUCCGCCUCCGAUCCCUCCUCGCAUCCGACCCCGCCCCGCCGCAGCAGCAUCAGCCCGCUCUCCUCCCUAACGCCCCAAUGCCCAUGGCGGCGCUCCCUCCCCCGCCUCCGGACAAGCGGCGCCGCGAGGAGGAACGGGAGCCCAACAACCCGCCGCAGUCGCCCAAGCCUCCGUCCGCGGAGGAAACCGCCGCGGCCGCCGCAGCCGCUUCCGCGGCGGUCAAGGAGCGGAAAGAGGGGCAGCGACGGAAGCAGCGCGACGAGGAGGGUCUGCACCUGCUGACGCUGCUCCUGCAGUGCGCGGAGUCGGUGAACGCCGACAACCUCGACGAGGCCCAGACGGCGCUGCUGGAGAUCGCGGAGCUGGCCACCCCCUUCGGCACCUCCACGCAGCGGGUCGCCGCCUACUUCGCGGAGGCUGUGUCGGCCCGCCUCGUCAGCUCCUGCCUCGGCCUCUACGCGCCGCUGCCCCACGCCUCCCCGGCGGCGUCCCGCCUGGUGAACGGCCGCGUCGCCGCUGCCUUCCAGGUGUUCAACGGCAUCAGUCCCCUCGUUAAGUUCUCCCACUUCACGGCGAACCAGGCGAUCCAGGAGGCGUUCGAGCGCGAGGAGCGCGUCCACAUCAUCGACCUGGACAUCAUGCAGGGGCUCCAGUGGCCGGGGCUGUUCCACAUCCUGGCGUCCCGCCCCGGCGGCCCGCCGAGGGUGAGGCUGACCGGCCUCGGCGCCUCCAUGGACGCCCUGGAGGCCACCGGGAAGCGGCUGUCCGAUUUCGCCGACACGCUGGGCCUGCCCUUCGAGUUCUGCCCCGUGGCGGACAAGGCCGGGAAUCUUGACCCGGAGAAGCUGGGCGUCACGCGGCGCGAGGCCGUCGCCGUCCACUGGCUGCACCAUUCUCUCUACGACGUCACCGGCUCGGACUCCAACACGCUGUGUCUCAUCAAAAGGUUGGCGCCCAAGGUGGUGACGAUGGUGGAGCAGGACCUGCGGCACACGGGGUCGUUCCUGGCGCGGUUCGUGGAGGCGAUCCACUACUACUCGGCGCUGUUCGACUCGCUGGACGCCAGCUACGGCGAGGACAGCCCGGAGCGGCACGUCGUGGAGCAGCAGCUGCUGUCGCGGGAGAUCCGCAACGUGCUGGCCGUGGGCGGGCCGUCGCGCACCGGGGACGUCAAGUUCGGCUGCUGGCGCGACAGGCUCGCCCGCUCGGGCUUCGGGGCGGCCUCGCUGGCCGGCAGCGCCGCCGCGCAGGCCGCGCUGCUCCUUGGCAUGUUCCCCUCCGACGGCUACACGCUCGUCGAGGAGAACGGCGCCCUCAAGCUCGGGUGGAAGGACCUCACCCUGCUCACCGCGUCGGCCUGGCGCCCCAUGCACGCCUCCUCUGGACGCUAGAGCUUAAUCGAGUGUUGUUGUUAAUUACUGCUACGUCUUCUUACUUUACUUAGAGUUAGGAAUUAUUAUAUGAUGCCAAUUGCAGUAGUAGUUCUUUUGCUUCUUGGUCCGUUUAGCUGCUCAAAUUUGGUCGAAAAGGAAAAGGAAACAUUCUGAUCACUAAUUGCCACCACCACAGUGGUAGAGUAGGUACUAAUGCUCAGCUUAUUUUCAUGGUAACCUUUGCUUCAUGUGAUCAACAUUACUACCAAUUUGGCCAGCUCAGUGUCAUUUUGUCAUUUUGACUGAGAUAUCCAUUCUGCAUCAGUCAAAGCAAUCUUUU